UGACAAUUUUGGCUCUAGGAGAGGUCUGGCCCCGGCGCGCCCGCGCAGGCAUUGAACUGGAGACCGCGAAGCCAGCCGAUUCAUCCCUCGUGCACCAUGGCAGAGUCCAAGGUCAAGGACAUGGGCCUGGCCGAGUUCGGCCGCAAAGAGCUCUCCCUGGCGGAGCACGAGAUGCCGGGUCUCAUGGCGGCCCGCAAGGAGUUCGGCCCGAAGCAGCCUUUCAAGGGCAUGAACAUCAACGGUUCCCUCCACAUGACCAUCCAGACCGGCGUCCUGAUCGAGACGCUGCAGGCCUUGGGAGCCAAGGUGCGUUGGUGCUCCUGCAACAUCUUCAGCACUCAGGAUCAUGCCGCCGCAGCCAUUGCGAAGGCCGAGACAGCCACCGUCUUCGCCUGGAAGGGGGAGACGCUCCAGGAGUACUGGUGGUGUACAGAGCAGAUGAUGACCGUGCCCGGUCAGGACGGCUGCGACCAGCUCGUCGACGACGGUGGUGACGCCACCCUGUUGAUCCACAAGGGUAAGGAGUUCGAGGAAAAGUUCGCGAAGGACGGAUCCCUGCCCGAUCCUGCCAGCACGGACAACGCCGAAUUCAAGUGUAUUUUGCAGCUGCUGCGGGACUCUAUCCCAGUCGACAAGACUAAGUACUCGCGCAUGGCCGCGAAGUGCAAGGGUGUCAGCGAGGAGACCACCACUGGCGUCCAUCGGCUGAAGGAGAUGGCUGCAAAGGGCGAGCUCUUGUUCCCAGCCAUCAAUGUGAACGACUGCGUGACCAAGUCCAAGUUCGACAAUGUCUACGGUUGCAGGCAUUCGCUGCCAGAUGGCAUCAUGCGCGCCACAGACGUGAUGAUCGGGGGCAAGCGUGCGCUGAUCUGUGGUUACGGUGACGUGGGCAAGGGCUGCGCGUUCGCCAUGCGCGGUGCUGGUGCCAGGGUGCUGAUCACUGAGUGUGACCCCAUCUGUGCGCUCCAGGCGUGCAUGGAGGGCUUCCAGGUGGUUACGAUGGAGAGCGUUGUUGGCGAGAUCGACAUCUUUACGACCACCACGGGAAACUUCAAGAUUAUUACUUUGGAGCAUAUGAAGAAGAUGAAGAACAAUGCGAUUGUCGGCAACAUCGGCCACUUCGAUAAUGAGAUCGAGAUGGAAAACCUGGAGAAGUUCGCAGGCAUCAAGGUGGAGAACAUCAAGCCGCAGGUGGACCGCUACGUCUUCCCAGACGGGCACGGCAUCAUCGUCCUAGCGGCUGGUCGGCUGCUGAACCUCGGUUGCGCCACCGGACACCCGUCCUUCGUGAUGUCUUGCUCGUUCACAAAUCAGGUCCUCGCGCAGAUUGACCUGCUCACGGCGAAGGAGAAGGGUUACAAGAACAACGUGUACCUUCUCCCCAAAGACCUCGACGAAAAAGUUGCAAGCCUGCACCUGCCGGCGCUGGGUGCCGAGCUCACGACCCUCACGAAGGAGCAGGCCGACUACAUUGGUGUGAAGGUCACUGGCCCCUUCAAGCCCGAUACAUACCGGUACUAGUACUCUGGGCAUGGGGCUUCUUUGCCAGGCCGAGGUCAUCUAGCGGCUUGGGUCGCGACCCUGACUUCUCUUCGUUUUGGUGUUCACGUGGGGCCAGCAGUUGCUACAGCGUCAUCGUCCUCUCGGGACGAUGGAUCCUGAGGCAGACUGUUCGUGUCACGUGAGUGCGCAGAGGGCCAUAUCGUCGGCAUGCCGGUGUGCUCGAUAAAAAG